AAUUUCUUGGCCGCCAGCUGCCAGCAGUCGUGAUCAAUUUCUAUAACAUUUUUAAUUUAAUUUUCCUACAAAACUAACGUUUUUAAGGUGCUUAAUUUGCGUGUGAUACUUUAAGUUUUACUGUAACUAUUGUGUUAUCGCGACAAUAGCUUCCGUAAACGACAUACGCCAUUAUUCUUCAAAGAUAUUCAUCAUAAUUAAUGUGCAUAUAAAACAAUUUUCACUGUGUGCUGUUGUAUUGUUAUUUCGUCAUAUCUAUUUUCGUCAAUAGUCAACGUGCAAGCACCACUCGAUUUACAGAUAACACGAUUAAUCAUUGAAGUUACUAGAAGUAAUAAACAAAAACAAAAAUAACAAAACCUCAACGAUAAUGGCACAAUCUAUAGCUGGCACAGCCUCCGCUGCUAAUACUAGCACUGGUGCUGGUUUAAGCUUGGCAGGUAGCUUGGGUGUUGGUGUGGAUUUAGAUUUAGUGGAUAUGAAGCACUGCUUCGAAAAUCUCAUAGUGAUUGAUGCAGGCGCGAAUUUAACAAACAAAAAAUAUAGCCGUGAUCUGGAAUCAGUUAUACAGCGAGCAAAAGAUGCAGGUGUUCAAAAAAUUAUGGUUCCAGGUACAUCGGUAAAAUCUAGCAAAGAAGCGCUGCGUCUAUCACGGAUUUAUCCCGAUAUAAUCUAUUCGACUGCUGGCAUACAUCCACACGACUCCAAGUCAAUUAUCGAAGAACCAAAUACCUGGUUCGAGUUCGAACAUAUUGCGGCUUCGCAGGAAUGCGUUGCGAUUGGACCUUGCGGCUUAGACUAUCAGCGCGAUUUCUCCGAGCCCGAGGCACAAAAAGAGAUAUUUGAGAAGCAGAUUCAUUUGGCUUGCCAAUUGAACAAAUCAUUGCUGAUACACGAGCGUUCCGCACAACAUGAUGUACUCGAUAUACUGGAUAAAUUUGAGAAAUUACCGCCUGUGAUCAUAAGAGGAUUCAUGGGCACAGCGGACGAAGCAGUCGAAUAUCUGAAUAGGAGAUUCUAUAUUAGUUUAACUGGUUAUUUAUGCAAGGACAAAUCAGAUAGUGGAGUGCGCAAACUCUUAGAAAAUGGAACUUUGCCUAUAGAUAGACUACUUGUCGAAACGGACUCGCCGUUCAUGUAUCCAAAUACAAGAGCUUCCAAGCUGCCGCAACAUGUUAAGACUGGUAUAACAGAACGUUCGCUAUUAUAUUUACAUAGGUACUGUACUUUUCAACGUAAUGAACCUUGUAGUUUGCCCGCCAUAGUUGAGAUGAUAGCUGCAUUCAUGAAGAAAACGCCAGAUGAAGUAGCUUUAGCAACUGCAUUUAAUGCAUUAAAGCUUUUUGGACUAUCCUAAAUGCCAAUGGCUGUGAUUUUACCUAUGUAGACUGUCAUAAAAUUGCUUAGUGCGCAAAAAAGCAAUUGAAGCAUGCGCCGUUUUUCAACAAUUACAAAACGAGUGAAUGCAUUAAAAGGAAUUCAAAACGAAAGUGCCAAAAUUUUAUAAGUGGUAAUAUAGUUUUUUGCUUAAAUUCCUACAUAAACUAAGAACUACAAGACUUCGAAAGUGCCUUAAAUGAAGUGCGAAGAAAGCCAUUUGGCUGAUAAAAAAAAUAAAGAAACGACAAAAUAUGCUAAAAAUAUAUAUUAACGAAAUCGAUACCUAUUUAUUAUACACAUAUACAUACUUACUAACUACGACGUGUUUUAAAGCGCAUGCAAACCCACAAUAUACUCAUAAAACCAACUGAAUGAUUCGAAUAAGAUUAUUUGAAUCACUUUAGAGUUAGUUAUCAUUACAGAAAACAUGAAAUUCUAAAAUAUUUACAUAUGUAUUUAAAUGAAAAGCGAAUAAUACAACUUAAAGGAAUUGACUGAAA